AUGGCCAGGUUACUGUUGUUAUUGCUGGCGAUGGUGGCUCUCAUCGUGGCCCAGGACAGACCGUCUGGGGUUGGGCCAGCUGUGAUGGGGACGCCGUCGACAGCGCUCACAACAGCAGUGCCGACGACGAGUUCAACAAGGACAACGUUAUCAACUGAGAUUUCAACGAGUGCAACAGAAACAUCAUCAUCAACCGGGGGUGCAACGCAUACGAUCAAAGUCGGUCCCAGAGGAAACCCGCAUCAAUAUGUUCCCCACAGUGUCAACGCUACUGUCGGGGAUUACAUCGUCUUCGAGUUCUAUCCGAGAAACCAUUCGGUUGUGCAGGCAAAGUACCUGGAGCCGUGUGUGCCGGCAGCCAAGAAUAUUUUCUAUUCUGGGCCCUUCAAUAAGUUUAACGAGGAUGACGGCUUUCUGGACGGACCGGCACCGACAUGGACUUUGAAGGUAAAUAAUACAGAGCCGACUUUCUUUUACUGUACCGCAAUAGACUCGUGCAAUGUAAAUGGGAUGGUGGGAGCCAUCAAUCCGAACGAAACUAUGACCUGGGAAGAACAGAACAAAUAUGCCUUGGACUCUCCCAUUCAGCUCGUUCCUGGCGAACCAGUCCCAGCAGAAGGUAACGACAACACGUCAUCCGACUCUUCCAGCUCCUUAUCAUCAAAACUCAGUGGUGGCGCCAUCGCUGGCAUCGUAGUCGGAGCAGUCGCUUUUGUCGCAAUCCUCAUGGCCCUCUUCUUUGUCCUCGGCCGCAACCGCGUCUACAAACAAUGGAUGUCCUCACAAGACGGCCGCGCCGAACGCACCGCUCGCUGGGCCUUCUUCAACAACAGUACGUCAGCACCCGCUACGGCAUCCUCGGAGGUCCGCAAGAGCGAAUACGAUCUCGCGUUUCAGCCAACGACGGCUGAUCAUCAGUCUGGGAUGUUUGCCGCAAGUCCGGAGAUGAUACAUGCUGUUGCUGCGGCGCCAAGGUAUCCGUGUGCAAGACAUGGGUCGCCUCCGCAGCAGAGUAUGCCUGUUGCUGGGCAUUGGAGUUGGGAUUUGACAGCGCAUCAGCAGCAGCAGCAGUAUCCGCCGCCUCCGCCUCCACCGCCGGUUGAGUUGGAUUCUGAGAGUCGGAAGUGA